AUGUUAAGUCCUACACUGGUUUUGUGGGACAUUGGCUAUUUCAUAUAUACCUAUGGCUCCAUCUUCAUCAUUAUCCUACUUAUUUGUCAAGUGAAAAGGAGUCACAGUGGAUUAAAGUUGGAACCUAACAAGAGUCACUGCCAGCGACACCAAAGAGCCAGACAAAGACCUAGAGAUGGAAUACCAAGAGCUAGGAGACAUUUCCGGAAAGAAGCGGAGAAGCCAGGGGAUCUGCUCACUGUCAUGAAAAGCCAGAACUGGCUUCCAAAAGAGGGAAAAGUACGACGGCUCCUGUGUGCAGACCGCUGCUGCCACAUAUGCAAUGAUGUGGCUCUGGAGAUUCAGCAAUUGCUGGCAAGUGAAAAGAAGACUAACGCGGGGGCAACACAGCCCUCGUCUAACCUAGCGGUUUUGUCGGUGUCUAGUGUCUCUUUUGAGCAGACUGUUGAGCUGCGUUACAAGGAGCUUUCCAUGGCAUCUGUAACCCCUACCUUAUCACAAUUAACAGAUGAAAAAUCUCUAACCCACACACGUGCCCCGUCAACUGGUAUGAUCGACAUCGGAGAGUACUGGACUAAACACCUGGGCUUAAAGCAGGAAUUCCAACUGCCAGAUGUGGCCAAGGACCCAGGAAGUAUGUCUCCUCCAAGGGUUGAGGAGCUUACACUUCCUGUAAACCAGCAAGAGAUGAUGAAUACCAGCUACAAAUUUGUCCAGGGGGAUGAAGAUCAGCAGUCCUUGAACUCCCAUGUCCAUUUGCUAUCCCCAAAAACAGAGCUCACGAAUCUGACACAUCCUUUGGCUUUGCCUAUGGACACUGUCCUAUCUCCCCACCUGCCAUUCCUCAGUCCUGAAGUCCUCGGGCUUCUUGAGAUCCAUGUUAAAAAGUGGGUGCAUUUUCAGAGGUGGGGCCUCCCCAGACGUGUGGAAGAGUCCUUCAAGCAGCUUAUGCCAGACCCACCAUUGUUUUACCAGCCUGGGAAAAGCCAACCAACUUCUUUUAUCAAGCAUGAUUCCAGUGUCUGCGUUGAAACUAUUGGAACCAUUUCCUAUGAGACCUGGGGCUCAUGUAUAGUUGGCCAGCCCACCCAGGCCUUCUGGGUUUCUGAGUGGUCUGUUAUAGACCUAAAGCAAAGUCACUACUGCCAGGAAACCUCAAACCCUCUGGCUCUAGCUUUGCCCUCUCCAGCCCAUAAAAUCCUAAACGGGGUCUAUCCACAACCUGGGGGACAGACUGAAGACAUAAGGGAUCCUCUGAAGCAGAGUUACAGCCAGCUAUUCUGUGGCCUCCCUUGUCUACACAGUGAGUCCCUGGUUGCUAACUUCAUGGGAUCUCAAGGCCUCUCCAUGAAUAAGAGCUUGUCCCAGACCUCCUCGAAUGUUCCUUUACUCUUCAAUGAGCCCUCCUUCCUCCCCCUAUUGCCUAAUAAUCUAUCCCAGUCAGUUUCACCUUCUUCUCCACCUACUCCAAACUGGGUCUCUCCACCUGACCAUGAACAAAUCCAGAUCCAUGUCCCAUUUCUGACUCUGGCCGAGUGUGAUGUCUUGGAGUGGCACCUGCUGCAGAAGCAGCUCCAGCGGAGAUGGGAUUUGUCACCUGUUUUCCAGAGACCUCCGCAUGCUCAGAAACCCAUGAAGUAUGGGGCCUGUGACACAGCCCAAUCUCCUGAGACCAUGGAGGCUUUCUGGUCAGGGAAGUCUGUGUCAGUUCUCCCGAGAGAACUCCUCUUCUUCCCAGACCAUGCCCGGAGGCUGCUGGAAUUCCACCUCCAGAAACAACUGAUCUACCAUCACUGGGGCCUGCCCCAGAAGAUCAAGCAGUCCAUCCAGUUGUUCCUAUCUCCUACUGACCAGCAGCAACUACCCUGGAGCAGCUCAGUCUUGGACAAUGCAAGUGUCCCCAAGUCUGCAGUCCCACAAACCAAUGGAGUUAGUGACCCAUUCUCACCCACUUUGGCUCCAGUGUCAUUCCUCAUGCCACACUCCCCAUGUCUCGCCCAGGCCAAGUCAAUACUGCAGAGCCACAUCAACUCCAAAUAUUGGCAGAUCCGCCAGGGCAGCGUCCCUACACGUGUGUGUAUCUCCUGGGACUGCAGAAUUCCUGGGAGCUUGGCAGGGCCUUCCUUCCCUUGCAUUCCACGCCUGCAGGAAGCAGCUGACACUAAUCUACAUCAGAAAGUUACACCCUGCAUGCCAACAGCCACUGAAGAGCAGCAGCAGACUUUACCAGGUGCUGCCAUGGAAUGCACUAAGCUACCCCAGUGCCUGCCUACGGGAGCCAUUCAAAAACUAGAGACAGCUUUAAGACACAAAUAUUUGGCCUUCCUGUCAGGACUGCCUGCUCUCUAUUAUGUUGCUCUCUCUAAGGCCAUGGCACCAGCAACCAUUACCCAAUCUGCAAUCGCAAAGACAAUGCCUGAGCCUGCAGAAAUCACAACAGAGCCUCUGACUGAGAUGCUUAUGUAUGAAGAGCAGUGUGUAAGCACUGGGCCAGCCUUUCAAGUCGACAAUGAAACUUGCAUAGACAGUGCCCAAGAGUUCCUGACUGAAGCUCAGGAGGAAAAACCAGUGGAGAUGGUGCCUCAAGAAAGCAAGACAGAGGCUGAUAGUCCACACCCGUUCAGGGCAUCCAUUUUAACAAAAUUAAAUUUCCAUCUUAGAAAAAAGAUCCUAGAGAUACAGUUGGGAAUUCCCAUGAAGGCAAGGGAAUCCAGGGACCAAACUGCCGCAAUCCCAGAAAACAUAUCCAUACCAACGGCAGUUGUGAAUCUAAACAAUGAAGGAAAACCAUCACUCCAAGAAUUCCCAAUCCCAACAGACAUUCCACAUGCCCCAGAUCCAGAGUGGGUCCACCUUAAAGAACAGCUGGCCACUGAGCUAAAGGCAGCUCAGCAGAGCCAGAAACAAGCUAGUUACAGAGCAGCACCCCAUGGUUAUGCCCACUGGGUCUCUAAGAUCUCACAACCCAGUGAGAACAUGACAGAUAAGCAAGUGCUUUGUGUUCAGAUAGAGGACGGAGUGAACAGCCCCAGCUUGAAGGAAGCCUGGUGCCCUGAGUCCCAAGGCCCUGGCAAGAGCAAGGACUCAGUUCAAGUAACCACAGAGGCAGAGAAGGAAAAGGACCCAGAAAAAAACAAACCAGCUGGGGACCAGGGAGAAGGGGAUGCCGGGUUGGGACUCACCUCAACCAAAGGAAGCAGACAACCUGAUGAAGACCAGAGGCCUGCAGGGAAAUCUCUGAACAAGGCACCCCGAGGACCCAGGCGAAGGAGCCAUAGUUUUGAUCUUGCUGCCUCCUGUCAUCUGAGUUCCCAUCAUUGUGCUCAGCUUAAGCACCUAGAGCUUCCUCCAGGGCUGCCUGGAGGGAAAGAAUCUGAGAAUGACCUGAAAAAUAGUCAAGUCAAAUUGAAUCCCAUCACAGAGCCGGUAAGUAUUCAUGAGAUUGUCCCGCCUGUGGUGUCCUAUGCUUCACAGGACCAGCCUCAGGGCCAAAUGAUAACAGCUCAUACUCACAAGAACCCCAGCUUUUCAGAAUCUGGCAUCAAAAGUAAGAUGAAGCAGUUUCUGCACUGCAUGAAUCUCAAGACAAGAGGCAAAGCAGAUGACGGCUCCAUGCUUUCUCCAGUAAAGACAGGGACCAAAACAAGAAGAAAAAGUGCUGAGAAGAAUUUGACCAGAGCCAAAGGCACUAUGGGGCAAGCUAAAACAAAGAAGACAGCAGGGGACUCCAAGGCCCAACCUUCCCCCACUGAAAAGCAGGCGGGCCUGACCCUUUUUAAUGGUCCCCAGACCCAGGACAAUCAGCUUUGGCACCGCUUUCAUCAACUCCACUCUGCCUCAGUCCUGGCAUCCGUGGAACACAUCCUAUCUGAACCUGAGAAAACGCUGCGGCGAAGAGGCGCGGAGACGGGACAGAAAGCGGAAAUGGAAGCCAAUGGGAUGGGAGAAGAGGGAACUCAAGAACUCACCAUCCGCCGCUACGCUGCCAUAAAUUCAGAGGAAGCAAAACGUCAGCACCCCACAGGCGCGGGCGGCGGUGGCGGCGGCAGCUGCAGGAGCAGCAGCGGAGGAUACCCAGUGCCCUGCGCCCCCGAGGAGGCCGACUGCGCCACCCACACUUCCUGCACGGCCGGGCGGGACCCGCGCCAUCAGCCCGGAACCCUGCGGGUCCACGGUGACCAAACCUCACCGAUAGCCGCCGCCGCGACUACUCCGGACUGGUCCGCAGAGUUUGCCGGCUGGGAGGGAGGCCAAGCGGUGGCGCGCGCACUAGCUCUUCUCCCAGCUAUUUCGUGGAUGUCGCCCUGA